AACCAUGUUUUUGAUUGGGUCUGUCUUAAAAGUUGUCAAGCAAGCUGGCUAAAUUAGCUAGCUAGCUAACAAAUAUAUUUGAUAGGAUGCUGACAGUGCUAGCUAGCAAACUAGCAAUGUUUGAAUGGAGAUAACGCAACUUUGACAGUGGUUGUCAGUAUGUUGGGUAUAACGUUACCAAACCGUGGAGGCAUUACGUUAGCUUACUAGAAACAAUUUUUGUAGCUUUUUUAGCUCCAUUGGAGUGCGUGAGCUAACCAGCUCAGCAACGGUAACGUUAGACCCAGAGCUAUCCGAUCAAGCUAGCUAACAUUUGAUACUCGUCAAAAACUUCAUUGGUAAUUAGCUAGCCUUUCGUCCUAAUUAUGACCUCUUUUGCCAUACUAGCCAUGUCUUAAAGUGAUUUACGAAUGGAUAACUAAAGUUAGCUAGCUACUAAUAAUAUGGAAGUUAAUGCAACGAUGACACAUCACCCUGUUUAACUUUGAUGCUACCAGCUAGCUAGCUACCAUGAUUCCGCCUGUUAACCUUGAUAGCUGUAAAGUCAUUUCGCACAUCAGCUAACUAGAAGUCUGAGAAAACAUGUGGCGGAAGGCUGCGGGAGCUGCCCUGUUGGCCUUGGCCGUUGGAUACUUCUACCACACCAACCCUGAGCUGCCUGAACAAGUUAUCCAGUACUUGUCCCUGCCUCAUCCAUCCACUCAGAGCGACCCAACCUUGGAGCAGGUUAUCUCCACUGCCUGGGAGACCCUAAUAACGGCCCCCGCCAGUCAGUGGGGCAGAGUGGCAGUAGGGGUGAAUGCAUGUGUGGAUGUUGUGGUGUCGGGGAUAGGACUGCUACAGGCUUUGGCUGUGGAUCCUGGGUUGGGCCGUGACCAUGAAGUGUUACACUCUAAAGAGGACCUGAAAGAGGCUUUCAUCCACUACAUGGAGAGGGGGUCCGCGGCGGAGCGUUUCUUCACCGACAAAGAGGUCUUCCAGAGGAUUGCACGGGCCGCUGCAGAGUACCCUGGUGCUCAGCUAUAUGUUGGAGGAAAUGCUGCUCUCAUUGGACAGAAACUUGCCACAUACCCUCAGCUGAUGGUUCUGCUAUGUGGGCCUGUUGGGCCUAAACUACAUGAGAUGCUGGACGAGCAAAUCGUUGUACCCCCCGAGUCCUUGCAGGAGACUGAUGAAUAUCACCUAAUUCUGGAGUACAAAGCAGGGGAGCAGUGGGGUGCGACACGGGCACCCCAAGCCAACCGCUUCAUCUUCUCCCAUGACGUGUCCAAUGGGGAGAUGAGAGCACUGGAGAUGUUCGUGGCCAGCCUGGAUGAGUUCCAGCCAGACCUGGUGGUCCUGUCCGGUCUGCACAUGAUGGAGGGCCAGGGGAGGCAGAUGUGGGAGCAAAGGCUCAAAGAGGCAGUGGCGGCCAUUUCUGACGUCCGCAAUGCGGUACCCGUCCACCUGGAGCUAGCAAGCAUGACUGACAAAGACUACAUGAACAGCAUCAUGCAAGAGCAGGUCAUGCCCAUAGUGACAUCCAUCGGGCUGAAUGAGCAGGAGCUACUUUUCCUCUCCCAGGCCGGCACAGGGCCUCACGCUGAGCUGGCCUCCUGGGGGGGCAUACCGGAUGUAGGCCGCGUCAGUGACAUCCUCCUGUGGGUCCUUGAGCAGCAUGGACGCAGUGACCCCGAGUCGGAGGCUGACCUCACGCGUAUCCACUUUCACACUCUGGCGUACCAUGUCCUUGCCACUGUGGACGGGCACUGGGCCAACCAGGUGGCCGCCGUGGCAGCAGGAGCCCGUGUGGCCAGCAUCCAGGCCUGCGGCCUCCAAAGCAUAGAUGCCAGUAAGGUGGUCCUUAGAGCUCCGCUGGAGUUCCACAGCUCCCACGGCGAACCUAGAGAGAAGUUGUCCCUGAACCCAACUGAGCCUGUCACUGUUUGGCACCGUGGCAACGUGACCUUUCACCUUGCACCCGUGCUGGUCUGCAAGCAGCCACUCCGGACAGUAGGGCUUGGGGACGCCAUCUCAGCAGAGGGGCUCGUAUACUCUGAGAUCAGGCCACAGCUGCCAUUUUUGUGAGGUCCUUUUUUGUUGCACUCUUGUUCUUUUAUUGUAUGGUGGUGUGCACCAUAUCUCCCCAACCCCAACCAGUGAUGUCUUUACCUGUACUGUAGCUUUUUCUUGGGUUGAAAUUCUGAUCCUUGGUUAGCUAAGUAUUUUGCACUGGGCACAGUUUAAGCCAUUUCUGUAACUCCAAGGAGUUGUGCUGGGUUACCUCUGAUUUCAUUUGCCUUGUGAAAAUUCUAUGUAAAUGUUUGUGUACAAAGACAAUGCCAAAGCUGCUUGUCAGUUUGGUUUGGAGGGGGGAAAUGGAAAAACAUUCAGCGAUAUGGUCUCCAUAAGUAGCGGUGCGAUUUCAGACAGGGUUUGAGCUUUCAUGCUGCACAAUAGAGGAGCAACCUCCUGUGCACAUAUGCAGAUGCUGAACAGUGCCAAUGAGUUCAGCCUCUUGCAUCACACUCUUUUGGAAUUUUAUUUUCACAUCAUCUCGCUGAGUCUUAGUUCAAUUUCCUUCAAUAAUCUUUUCUUGUUGACCCUGUUCAGAACAAGCUCCCUCAUCCAAGCACUAUAGUUGGCGAAAGUGGGGUAAGUUGAGCCAAAUGGUUAGUUGAGCCACCCCUUGUUUCUAGGAAACUAUACAUUUUGUGUAUCAUGUGACCAAAUAUUUAGGAAGGGGUCAUAAUUUCAUGGAGUCUGGGAAGGAAGAAACCACAUGGGAAAAGUGGUCCAAAGGGUAAAAAAAAAAAAAAAGAUUUUCACUGUCAAAUGAAUUUCUGUUAUAGGUUUCAUGUUUGUAUCUAAACCAAAGUAGAUUGUUUUAUACAUCAGUUGCCGCUUCUAUAAGCUGCAAUAUGAGGUCCUAAACCUAGCAUUAAAGUGCAUCCUUGUAGCUACAGUAUAUGGGCUAAUAUAGUCAAUGUUUGCCUCGAGGUAAAUUGAACCAAUCACUACCAUACCCCAUACAAAUGAUGAUUAUUUGGUUAGUUUUAUGCACAAUAUGCAUAGUAUUUUAGCAAUGUGUCAUGCAUAUGAACUCGAGUAGUGUAUUUUUAUUGUUACAGCGCAGACAUCAUGCCACGUGUGUACAAACGUAAAACAAGCAGGGGUCUAGCCCCCCUUUAGCUUCUUGAGAGCAGCCAAGGAAGGGAAGAAGUCCAUUCAAGCAGCAGCAGCAAUGGAUGAAAAAAAUGUACUGAAUGACACCUGAAGAGGUACUAUAAUGUUUAACCGUGAGUAAAAUACAUGUUGGAUUUUUUUUUUAAAGACAGUCCUGAUGGAAAACCACAUUUCUUAGUAAACUUUCCAAAUGUCGACAAAACAAAAUAUGCCAGACAAGGGCGGGAUCUUGUGUCUAUAAAAUGUGUUAUGUGAGAAAUGGUGGUGGAAAAGCUUUUAUGCAUAAAUAUUGAUUUAACUAUAUCAAUAACCACCAGGCAUUAUACACAAGGCUCAUUCCUCUGCACAGGUGUUGCUGCUACCUGGCAGAUCUGGAUAGGUAUUUUAUAUAUCAGCCAUAUACACAUGUUAUAACAAUCUGUCAGUCAAUGACACCGUUGAUGUGGCACGCAAACAUUGGUUGAUGCAUGCAAUGUCUGAGCAGGGGAAUGUGACCAAGGUCUUAUCUGAUGACAUGGAGUCUGUCUUGCUAAACAUAUCAAGCAUCUUGCGGACCAGUUUUAUGGGCUUAGUAGCCUCAAAUACAGAGAACAUGCCUAUGAUUUGGCACAUCAAAACUACUUCCGUGUCCCAGACAACGGCUUAAGAAAUUGAAUAGUAAGUGGUAUUGAACAGCGAGAUCUAUAUCAAUGUAGGCAUACAUUUAACAUAUACAAUAUACCACACUCCCAUCCAUGAAUUAAACAGUGCCCUACCAGCAUCAUCACCCACUUAGGGUAAGUUGUGCCUAGAGACCACUUUUUGUGGACAAAUAUGUUUUCAAAACGUAUACUAUAUUUCCCUUGACAUAGUGAUGCUGAAUGUAAAAUAGUAGUAGAAUCUCACAACUACAUCCCCUCAUUACAAUCAAUACAACACCUGUGCAAACUGGGGCUGAAGUUAACCAUCCAGACAGUUUUUUUGUGGAGAUUUGGUCAUUUAGUUUUCAUUUGGCCAAAUGAAUCCAUUUAAUCCAUCAAUGAAAACAGUGAUGAAGCAAAAACAAAUGUUAUUUUGGGAUGAUGUGAUAACUUAUUACUUAAAUUAAAGGGUAAUAGUACACUAGUAGGGCUUCAUUCAGGCUUAAAGUGUGCCCUUUUUUAAUGGAGCCUUUACAGGUUUCCAUGUCAUGCAGAUGAUGGGACAUGUUGAUAGGACCUGUUCAAUACCCACAAAGUGCAGUAGGAAGGGUUGUGGCUGACAUGUCCUAUGACAUGCCCAGCAGACAAGGCUGGUAUGGAAGAUUGCUCACCCAGACUGGGUUUCCCAAAAUCGGUGCACGUUUUGGUUUUUGCUCCGUCACGACACACCUGUUUCAAAUAAUCAACUAAUCAUCAAGCUUUGAUCAUUUGAAUCAGCUGUGUAGUGUUAUGAAAGAAAGAAAAAACGUGCACCCCUUGGGGUCCCGAAAACUGAGGUUGGGAAACGCUGCAGUAGUAACUCUUUAGCACAUCUGAUGAGACUGCUAUCUAUUCUAGUACUUGGCUGCUGUCCUCUGGCUAGCUGUUUGCCCUGUCACUCUCUGUUUGAAUACUUUGAAUGCCAGUCGCACACAAAAGCUGUACUCCUACAGCUGUCAUGACAUCCACCUAAGCCGUAAAUAAUAUUUGGAUCUCUUGUCCGCAAUGGCAGACGUACACAAGCAUUCCAAGCCCAUCUGUAUCCUUGACUCACAACUGGGUCAAGCAGACUAUGAGGGGUGAAGUGUGCCAGUGAAAUACUUCAUAUUAUUGUGAAUUGUCACUUUUUGUUCAGCUAUUUUGAUCAACUUUACAAGUAAACAUGUAAAUUAUACCUGUUACAUUGCAACUAAUGAAGCCCCUUGUUAAAACUCCUACAAAGACAGAUUGUUACUGACAGGGUGCUGUUGGACAUUGCACACAGCAGACUGUGAUGAAAGUCUGCAGACCCAGUAUGACGAGUACGAUCUAGUACUUUUCUGUUGUCCUCUGGCUAGCUGCUUCCUCUAGCUUCUGCCAGUGACUGAAUGAUACAAUGAAUAAUGCAAAGAUGUACUUCUACGGCUGUGUAGUCUACUCUGCUGCUGUCAGGACAUCCACCUCGCAGCCGGAAAGUACUAUGUUAAUCUCCAGUCCACAAUGGCGGACGUACACAAGCAUUCCAAGCCCAUCCUUGACUCACAACUGCAUCAAGUGCAGAUUGUGUGGUGUCCAGCCACUAUGUAAAGUCAAUAUUAAUAUUCAGAGUUGCUGCUUUCCACCCCAGCUAAUUUGUAAAGAUUUAGGGCUGUCUUGUUUAUCCUAUGUAGGACAUGCCACAUGGGCAAUUCAACAUGUUAAUAAUUCCUGGUAACUGAUGGAGCCCAUCAUUUCUACGUCUUGGUAUACGCCAUGUUUAUUGGUUUCACAUCAAUUGUGACCUUGAGUAAUUAAGUAGAGGAAAGAUCCAUUUUAAAAGUAUUUGAAAGCACCAUCCAUGUUCAAAUAUCACUUACCUUACUGCUAUAAAGAACUGGAAAGAUUUUUUUGUUUUUUUUGAUGCCCUAGGUACAUUUUUGCUUUGUUGCUGCGAAACUGAGAAUUGGGAUGGUACAAAACAGAGCAAUCAUAAGCUAUGCAGAACUUAUUUGUCUCGAAUCUCAUUGCUUUCUUAGCCUGGUGGAACCAGACAAAGCUUAUGAUAGCUCACAUUGCUUCACUUAAAAUUAAACUUGAGCAUAGCGGUCAGUCUGCUUCAUAUAGAUCCUAUUAAAUUACUAGAGAGCCUAUGUCAUGAACCCUCAAAGUUCCAUAAUGGUAUGAUAAUGGCAGCCAUUUUGGUCAGGGAGAAAUCCAAACCAGUCUAGUUACAUUUACAUUACAUUUAAGUCAUUUAGCAGACGCUCUUAUCCAGAGCGACUUACAAAUUGGUGCAUACACCUUAAGACAUCCAGUGGAACAGCCACUUUACAAUAGUGCAUCUAAAAAUUGCGGGAAAUGGGUUCAUGUUAAUUGAACGCAGACGUUCCAUUGACCAGAAUGGCGCACAAUCAACACAUCUGAUCUAACAAUUUGGAGAUUCUUCAAAUCAGUCAUGAUUUAUGUAUUGUAACAGGCCCACAAUGUGCUUACUUGAGUCCGAUUUUGAUACAUUUGGCUGUUUUUGCUGCAUGUAGAGCCUGUCCUUUUUCAGGUUUAGAAGUGACUGCUAAAUGCGAACUCCCGUUCGUAUAAACUGGUUAGCAUAGAGAAAUCAUUGUUAGUAGUGGGUCGUUUUUAACUGUAAUGCAGUUGAUCGGUAACGAUGACAUGAACAUGUGUUGGGGUUGGCAUCCAUACAAGCAUUAUAUUCUGAUGUUUACCUCAACAUAGUGUGAAAUACACAUAAACAAUUGCCUAAAUGUAGACUAAUGUUGCUGAAUUGCAUUUCCAUGGCAAUUCCAUUGUUUUGGUAGAGUACGUUUGACCUUUAUGCCGCAUAUAUUUCGAAUGAAUAGCAGAAGAGGCAUAGGUGAUGCGUUUCCUGCUUGUACCUAUGCAGGAACAUAAAAGGCAUGCGAUAUCAGAAAUUGUGUAAUAGAAUUGUCAACCUAAAAUACUGUCAUAAUUAUAAAUACAGUUUAUACAGGUUUUAUUCCAAUGUUCUGUAUAAAUAACCUCUAAAAUAUGUAAACCGACCAUAAAUGUUCACAUUUUUGUUUUCUUGGAAAGCUGUGAGUGUUAUUAUAUGAGUACUUCAUAUCAUCAACUGAUUUCAGACAGUGUAUGGCUGUGGAUCGACUGCAUUGUUUGUUUGGAAUGUUAAUUAGAAAACAUUUAUGGAAUCAUUCCACUAAAACUGGUUGGCUAGCUAACAAACAUACAGUGCAGAUAAAUCUUCAAAUUCAUUGUUUUACACAAUAGUGUAUCCAGUGGUGGCUGGUGGCACUUUAAAUGGGGAGGACCUGCUCAUAGUAAUGGCUUGAAUGGAAUGGUAUCAAUCACCAACCAUCCUCCCCUCAACAGCUUCCCCUGCUCUUAUCACAGCACUGGCUGACCAUGGUUGACCAACUCCCUUACCAAAAUGGCUGAUCUUUUAUACUGUCAUGAGAAGGUUCAUGUCCAUUCUAGUAUUCUAAUUCCUAAUUCUAUCGUCUGCUUGACCAAGCUACUGCUUUAUUGUAUGGUCAUGGGAAUGUGCCAGUCUUCUUUGACAGCUUUGUGUUGAAAUAGUGACUGUAAAUAUGCAUUUAGUAAGAAAUUGAGUAUUCCUUUUCAUUGCAGUGAAAAUGUUAGGUACAAUGGUUUGGUAAUACAGUUCGAGAGUUGCUAGGGUUUUCAGGGCAUUCUUCUGAGGCUGGUGAGACAUAUGCCUACUUCCUUUGCUGAUUUCAUCUGUUGUUUUUGUUCGAUAAAUUCACAUCCUACCGUUUGAUUGACACUCAUCAUUGAGGAUGUUGCCCCUUGGAUGGAGCUAUGAUCAAAUUUGGGUGUAGCUGCCAUCAACCACACCUUUUAUAUGCAUAAGUAGAUUUCACAAAUUUUUGUCGGCAAUAUGACAUCAUACAUAUCGUGGUUACUUCCUGCUUACAGAUACUACCACCAACAACAAUAUUCAAGGUGCAGUGGCUAGAUGUAGAUGCGAGCAUAGGUUAUUUACUACUAAUUUUCCAAAGAUAAUUUAGUAUUUACCAGGUAUCAUUAAAGAAGCAUUCUGCCUUGUUUGUGUCUAGUUUAGUCAUUUGUAGCUCUACUGAGUUUUCAGCACUUUAAAAUGAGACUAUUUGAUGUAAUUUCAUAUUAACACCCAUGUCUUACUGUCAAGGAUAGCAACAGUUAUGCUAGCUCAUUAGGUGGAAACACUGCAACUUAACAACUAGACCUCCUUUUGAAGUUUACUUUAACUGGUACCGGGCUACCUUCAAACAAGUUUUGUAAGUGUCCUAGAGCAAAACAAGCAACACGUUCGUGAGAGUCUCACCUUUCCAUAGAGUGGUCAUAUUAGUUUGUAGGUCAAACCGUUCGGACACUACAGAUGUUUGUAAGAAAACCGAUUUUUGGUAUGUUUCAUGGUCUGACAAAUGCUGCUGUAGCUCGGCCACCUUCCCCCGCAGAUGUGGAAGGCUGUCAUUGGCGUAUGCAGUGGAUUGAGACGCCGCCCAUGCAACAACAACAAAAACAUCUAGUUUAAAACACGGAUUUUGAUGGGUAUGUUUUUAUUAUGUUGAUUAGAUUUCCGCGGGGGCGCGGACAUCGACUCUAUGGGGUUAAAAUGUUUAUGGAAAUAUAUAUGGAAGUAGUUUAGUGCCAAAAAAAGGGGUUAAAUAUGGGAAUUAAAAAAUAUAUAUAAUUUCAGAUAUAGGACAGACACUUCAAAACAAACUUCCUUUUGAGUCUGAAUCUGUUACUCAAUGCGUUGCUAUGGGCAGUAAGUAAGCAGUAAGUCUCCCCCCAAAAAAUACAUUUGCUUUAAUAUAUUGAUACCUAAAUGGGUCCUAAAAUUCUAUAUCAGAUAAAUAAAUUAUCCUUGGUAUGACCAUCGUAAAACACCCCCACCAGCCCUAUAAUUUGUAAAUAUUUCACAAAUAAAUCAGACACCAUUCUCUUAAAAUAUAGUAUUGGUUUGAAGAUCAAAUACAGCUUUAGUUGACUGAGCCCUUGAUAAUGGGGCAGUUAUACACAAAAUACUCCAUAUGUACAUACAUUGUUUGUCGAUUAGCAGAGUAUGGAAAUCAAUUUUUCCAGUACAAGUAGCUGUGUAAUAUGUGGGGAAAUAAUCUGUGAAUUUUAGAGAUAAAAUGUUUUUUUGUGUGUCAGUGAUAUGCUUAGAAUUUUAGUGAGAAAAUCAGUAAUUUGUCUUAAACUUUGUCUACAACCAACCGUACGGUUGACUCCAUAAUGUUAAUCAUGGGCACAAUCUGUUCUAUGGAAAUAUACUGUACUCUCACCACAAUCAUGUGGACCUUGAACAUAUGAGUACAAUAAUUAUUUAUUACAAAUCUAUUCUAAAAUAUAAAAUAAUUAUUACUCAAGAAUUGUUCAGACUUUUGUGAAUUAGUGUCCAUUAUGCAAAGUCUUAUUGGAUUCCCUUUUCUUUUGUCAUCUGAUGUUAAGACUGGAACUCAACUGAUAUCUUAAGUUUGGAAAUGUUUUUAUAUUAAUAAAGUCUCCUAUUUUCAUGUCAA